UCGCAACACUGGCUUGUGGACCGGCUGGCCGCCCUCCGUCGACAUGUUUCCGCAAGGCAAUCACAAUCCCCCAAACGCUCCCGCAGCUGCAGAGCUCCCUCCUUCGGCCUCCUCGAGGGCCAGAGAUCCUCAAAAUCACCCUUCUGUUUAUGAGGAUCGUGAUCUACAAUGGUGUGCAAAUAGCUCCCACAGAUCUUUCAUGAGUUCGGACCUCCAGUCAACAGUCCACGAUGGACUGUGGGCUGAGGGCUCCCAUCCUCCAUAUGGAGGAUUAGAACAUGAUUCCUGGAAUCUGCAUGAUACACCAAGUGGAUUAGCAGGUUUCCCGUACAUGGAGUCAGUGCACUCACCUUCGGUGCCAAUGCCUGAGGUAUCUGACCUCGACCUUGGGCCAUAUGCGGACGCGAAAAGAGGACAAGGAAGUUAUCCAGCAGCAGAUAACAGGUUGUCUACACCAACUGAACAACCAUCGACAUUGAGUUUGGCCUUCGAGACAGGUAGCCCCGAGGCGCUUCCCGGGCCGUCCACGGGUCAGCCCCAUCACAGCUCAGACAAGGUCUCCCCCAUCGGCCUGAAGCUCAAAGCCUACGACUGGCCUCCCCAAGAAGACCCGAAUCUGGAGCGACGGCGGAGGCGCGCCCUGAAGGCACUCCACAACCGGCAGCGGGAAACACAGAGGCGGGAGAACAUGAUGAAGGAACUGGAGGAUCUCGCCAAGGAAAUCGACUCCCUCAAGUCCGAGAAGCAGAUGCGCAUAGAAAGGAUCGUAAAGUUGAAGGAGCAAAUGGAAUCGUUUCAAGCCAAGGACGAUUAACCUCUCAAAAUUUGUCAUACACUCCAUACCUAUUCAUCAACGCAUUCACUGUAGUCGUGGAUGUCUUUGAACAUUAGAUUAUUCAAACAAAAUCAAAUAAAAAAAAUCUCCCGCCUUUAUAUCUAUUCUAUCAUAUUCAUUAAUAGCAGAGCAA